UGUGGCAGAAACACGGAAGAAGAAGAGUUUAUUCAAGGCGUUUGGGGAUUCGCGCGGACACAUGUACACGAGUUUCUCCCGGUAAACAUGCUCCCGUGACGAUUCUCCAAUGCGCCCUCGCGUUUUACUCUCAUUCGCAGCGGUUUUAAGCGGAGAUGCCUGGAAACACAUUACUGCAUGGACUGAUUCUCUUAUGUUCAAUUCACCCGCUUGUGCUCUCCGAAAAACCGGAUGAUAGCUGUGGUCAUUAUGUCCUUGGGCAAGAGAGUGGUGUUCUGUCCUCCGAGAACUACCCGGGAACUUACCCCAACAACUCCUGGUGUGAAUGGCGAAUCCGCGUACCAGUUGGCCACACGAUUGUCCUCAAGUUUGGAGACCUGAACAUGGAGAAGAAGGACUGUGAGUCUGACUAUUUGAAGGUUCUAAAAGGAUCAUAUGGGGCAGAAAUCGUUUCCUGGGAGUACUGUGGUGGUCUGAUGCCUAAGCCUGGACCGAUUCACACGGACUCCAGCGAACUGACCGUUCGCUUUCGUAGCAGCCAGCAUAUAUCUGGAAGAGGAUUCCUGCUUUCAUACUCCACAGAAAACCACAAAGAGCUGCUGACAUGCUUGGACAAAGGCAGUCAUUUCCCGAGGCAGUUUAAGUACAGGAAGUACUGUCCGGCCGGAUGUGCAGCGGUGACAGGAGACGUGUCUGGGGACAUUUCCCUGGGCUACAGACAUACAUCAGUUUUGUGUAAAUCAGCGGUGCAUGCUGGGGUUAUCAUGGACCAGUUUGGAGGACCAAUCACAGUGGAGGUGCGCCGAGGGCUCAGUCACUACCCUGCGGUCAGAGCCAAUGGCAUCCAGUCAAAAGAUGGCUCGUUGUCUGAAACCCUCUUCACAUUUGUGACAAACGAUUGCAGUCAACAGACUAUUCUUCAACCUAUGAGCACUGCUACAAGCUUGUCAUCACACAAUAUCUCCACCGACGGGUCUGAAGUCGACUGGUUUUCUAACAGCACCCAACCAGGUGUCUCUGAUGACCUUAACAACAACCAUCCAAAAUGGCUCCAGAUUGACCUCAGAGAAAAGAGGAGGAUCACAGGUAUUCUGACCACAGGCUUGACUAUUGCAGGCUUCGGAUAUUUUGUAAAAAACUACAAGAUCCAGUACAAAGAGAAGAGUCGCUGGCGAACAUUUGUCCAGUAUAAUAACUCUGAUGAUAUGAUCUUUGAAGGAAACACUGACAGCCUCCACCAAACACGCAACACUUUCCAUCCCUCCAUCGUAGCACGAAGCAUUCGAGUCGUACCUCAGCAGUGGCACCGGAUAAUCGCUAUGAGAGUGCAGCUACUGGGCUGUCCUUACGUUAAACCCAUCCCAGUAAAUUCAUCAUCUCUGGUAACACAGGAGGCCCAGCCUACACAGCCCAUUCACAAUGACAUGACCAAACCAGUGGCCUCUCAGGCUGAUCUUGGUAUGAUGUAAUUGCUUUUUUUUUUA